CCAAAACAAAGUUCUUUUUUUUCGUCAGUCGCCAUACAGCAUUUUCUCCCUAUUUUCUAAACGUUUUGCAUUGAAUUUUCUUCUAGUUGAAUUGUUACAAAUUGUUCAAUCAAAGUAUAAUUAAUGGCAUCACCAAUUGGAUUGCUUUCAGGGAGACUUGCCCUUGUAACUGGUGGAGGAAGUGGCAUUGGCAGGGCGGUUUGCCAUGUGCUUGCUAGAGAAGGAGCUAGAGUAGUUGUGGCUGACCUCAAUUCAAUUGCUGCUGAAGAAACGAAGAAGUAUCUUGAUGACAUGGGGGGACGAAAUGAACACUUGGCACUCCCAGUGGAUGUCUCAGUAGGCAGGUCAGUUCAGUCUCUCAUUGUUGACAUCAGAGGAAAGUUCAACGCAGCUCCCUCUGUAGUUGUUAAUUCAGCUGGGAUCACAAGAGAUAACUUUUUGCUCAAAAUGGAUGAAAACAGCUGGAAUGCUGUCAUGAAUGUUAACCUCAAGGGUACAUUUCUUGUCACACAAGCUGCAGCUGCUGCUAUGCUGGAUGACAAAAUUCCAAUGAGCAGCAUAAUAAAUAUUGCCUCAAUUAUUGGGAAAACUGGUAAUGUUGGUCAGUGCAACUAUGCUGCUAGCAAAGCUGGAGUUGAAGCUUUUACAAGAUCUGUAUCAAAAGAAUUGGCAAAGCACAACAUAAGAUGUAAUGCUGUUUUACCUGGUUUCAUUGAAACUCCAAUGGUUCAGUCUGUGCCUGAUAAAGUGAAAGAAAAAUUCAAAGCUUUGAUUCCGUUCGGUCGUAUGGGGCUUCCUGAAGAGGUGGCCGAAGUGGUGCUAUUUUUAGCUUCAGAUAGAAGUAGCUACGUCACCGGUAAUUGCAUCGAAGUGUCUGGAGGAUUAGCAACGUAAACAAGAGAGAAGCUUUCCUUUAUCGUCAUCAGUUUUGAUUUAAGAAAUUAUAGAUUUAUUGUUAUACUUAUACUGCCAAGAUAAAUACUAAGGAGUGCAGAAUGAA